AUGGAAAAUAGCAAGUUCGCUCUUGGUUCACUGUACUGCUGUAGUACUUCACAUUCACAUACUAAUAAAACACUGGAUCACAACCUCUCCUUCCACAAACUGGUAGUAUACAUUAACUGUCUAAACAUAGUUAUUCAAAUCACUGCACACUUAUUUAACUUUAAAUAAUACAGGGGAAGCUAAGAGCCUACAUACCGGUCCCUUGCUUCCAUUCUUUCCAAUCUAUCUCAUGAUGAGAAAGAGAUAGAUUCUUGGCUAAAUCCCAUCUUGUCUCCAAACACUAUGAUUAAGUUUACCAGGUUCACCAGCAUUGCUGGUCUCAUUUGGAUUAUCAUCAUAACAGCUCUGAUUCUCAUGAUGGUUUCAUUUAUGAAGUUUAUCUGGAGGAGUUUUUCAGAUCAGAAAAGUUGUCCUGGAAGACAAUUUCAGUUUCUUAAAGAAGUUGUUUACCCAUCCAAAGCUUUGGAACUGCCUAAGAAGCAUGACUUCAGCAUGGAAGUGGGGUAGUAUAUUUUUGCUAAUUGCCCUUCAAUCUCUUACCAGUAGUGGCAUCCUCUGACUUCUGUUUCCAGAGACUUCUCCUUUCAUAUCCAAGCUGUAGGGGACUGGGCAGAAAAUCUCAUAAGGGCUUUUGAACAGCAACAUUCACCAGGUAGAAUUGAGGUAGAUGGUCCCUUUGACACUGCCAAUGAGGAUGCUUUUCUAUAAGAAGUGGCUGUGUUGGUCGGAGUGGGAAUUGGGGUUUCCCCACGUGCUUCUAUCUUGAAGCCCACCUACAACAUUGUGAGUUCAAGUAAUAUAGUACUUACCAUACAAGAUGGACAUCAGACAAAAGAGUGCAUGCGACAUCCUGGCAGAUCUGAAAUGGAGGAGGUUAUCUCCUUUGGUAGUCCUGUGUGGGGGGAAAAUGAGUUUUCUACAAUAACCUCUAUCUACAAUCCUAAUGAAUACGAAGUGAGAAAGGCUUUGACAAAGAACCUGCAGAAAUGCUGUCUCCACUCUAGUCUGAAUUCUAGGAAAGUUCAAUUUUACUUGACAAGGAAAAUUUCUGAAUUAUAG